AUGUUAAAUAAGUGUAAGUAUUAGUUUAUUUGUGUUGCAAUCCAGAACAAUAAAUAGCAGUAUAGGAAUGCUGUUGAUUAAAAUGGUUUUAAAGUGUUAUUUUUGAAAAUCGAUCCAUAUUAACUACAAUACACUAUUUAAGUUAUGAAAUAAAAGGAGAGAGAAGGAAUCUAAUUAGGUAAGACCGUUUAGGCUAUUCUUCAUGUUGUUGACGAAAUUAAAAGAUGGAUUUAACAUUUAACAACUGUACCACCAAAACACGAUACGGCUGAUAAACUAGACAUAUUGUUGGUUGAAGUAAGAGGAACUCUGGGUGAUUUGGAAUCCACUUGCAAUUAUGAAACUGUUUAGAUAAUGAUAAAUGAGGAGGGAAAGGAUAAUCUUGGUUUGAUUACCAUUCCUUAUAUAAUAAUAUUGAAUAAUAAAUAAAAAAUAAAGCCUGCAUAAAAUGGAAUCAACGGUCUAAGAUACACAGGAUGGAUUAUAAGCAGCUGUUAUUGA